GCAGCAGCAGCAGCAACAUCACUGGUCCAGCCACAGCUCUGCGCUAAAGGGCACUGUGAGUCAGCUGAGCUGCCGGGGUCCCUGAUCGCCAAUGAAUGACCGCACGGGGGAGAGGGAAGAGAGAGGGAAGAGAGAGGGAAGAGAGAGGAGGAAGCCCUGCGUGAUCUAGGGACAGAGAGGGUGCAACUCUGGAGAGUGUGACAUGGAAAUGCUGAGGUAUCGGAGCCAGCUUGUUGACGCAUAAUCCCGCCCGCCCCGCUGGAACUGGGAGGGGGGGAAAUCCAGCCUCCUAAACUCAAAUCCUCCACAAGAGAUUUACGGGAGCCGCCGGUGCGGGUGAAACCUGCAAGAAGACACAACAUUUGUGUCCAAUUUUUAACCAUCUGUGCUGCUUAUUAUUCCGCUGGAAUAAUAAUACAAAAAAAAAACAUUUUUUUUAUGAUAAUCGAUUUACUUGAAGCGGGGGACCUAAUGCGCUAAAAGAAUUAGGGAUAGGAGCCACUGCUGGAGUCGUCGAGGACUGUGUUGCCGGGGAGGCUGCGGUGUGAGCAGGACUUUCACGCACAUCAUCAUCAUCACCAUCAUCAUUGUGGUUAUUUGAUCUUAAUUGCGUGUAUUCGGCCGGAGAUCUGGAGCCAUGACUGGCCCCCCGCUGGCCGCACAGCCCGCCUGCUGACGGGGCCGGCCAGGAUGGGAGCAGCUCUGCCGCUUUCAGCAUCCCGAACCAGCCGAUUCAUCAAUGGAGGAGGAGAGUGACACUCGGAAAAUUAACAACAGCUUCCUUCGCGACCACAACUAUGCAACCGAAGCUGACAUUAUCUCAACGGUGGAGUUUAACCCAUCGGGGGAGCUGUUGGCCACUGGGGAUAAAGGAGGCAGAGUGGUUGUCUUCCAGAGGGAGCAGGAGAGUAAAACACAACCCCAGCGUCGGGGGGAGUACAAUGUUUACAGCACUUUCCAGAGCCACGAGCCCGAGUUCGACUACCUGAAGAGUUUGGAGAUUGAGGAGAAAAUCAACAAGAUCAAAUGGCUGCCUCAACAGAACGCAGCAUACUUCCUGCUUUCCACAAACGACAAGACAGUGAAGCUGUGGAAGAUAAGCGAAAGGGACAAGCGCCCGGAAGGCUACAACCUGAAGGAUGAGGACGGACGGAUCCGAGACCCGUCAACCAUCACCUGCCUACGGGUGCCGGUGUUGCAGCCGAUGGACUUAAUGGUUGAGGCGACAGCCAGGCGUGUGUUCAGCAAUGCCCACACAUACCACAUCAACUCCAUCUCUGUCAACUCCGACCAUCAGACCUUCAUCUCCACUGAUGACCUCCGGGUGAACCUGUGGAACCUGGAGAUCACCGACCGCAGCUUCAACAUUGUUGACAUCAAGCCCGCCAACAUGGAGGAGCUGACGGAGGUGAUCACUUCCGCAGAGUUCCAUCCACAGCAGUGUCACACCUUUGCCUACAGCAGCAGCAAGGGCUCGAUACGCCUCUGUGACAUGAGACAGGCGGCUCUCUGUGACAAGCACUGCAAAUAUUUUGAGGAGCCGGAGGAUCCAUCCACCCGUUCCUUUUUCUCUGAAAUCAUUUCAUCCAUCUCUGACGUGAAGUUCAGCCACAAUGGACGCUACCUGAUGACAAGGGACUACCUCACUGUCAAGGUGUGGGACCUCCAAAUGGAGAACAAACCACUUGAGACUUACCAGGUUCACGACUAUUUGCGAGGCAAACUUUGUUCUCUGUACGAGAACGACUGCAUCUUCGACAAGUUUGAGUGUGUUUGGAACGGAUCAGACAGUGUCAUAAUGACCGGCUCGUACAACAACUUUUUCCGGAUGUUUGACCGGAACACCAAACGAGACGUCACGCUGGAAGCGUCAAGAGAGAACAGCAAACCUCGAGCUAUUCUGAAGCCUCGCAAGGUGUGCGUAGGUGGGAAACGUCGCAAGGAUGAGAUCAGCGUGGACAGCCUCGACUUCAGCAAGAAGAUCCUCCACACGACGUGGCACCCACACGAAAACAUCAUCGCCGUGGCGGCCACCAACAACCUCUACAUCUUCCAGGACAAAGUGAACUAACAGGCAGUGCGCCCCUGCCGACCCCCCCGGCCCUCGUAAAACAAGGAGCAACUGUCUUCAACCCCCCCCACACCCUCCCCACUCUUCUUUGGAGCCGCAGAGUCAGGUGUCCAGUGACUGAAGUGGGGAAGGUGGACGAUGAGACAUUUUGAAAAGCACGAAAUGGAUACAAUGUGAAGAAAAAGGUUUCAUUCCACUAUUUGGCUCAUAAUUCGAUUCAUUUAGCGUCACGGACGCCCGCAGACUUGAAUCCCGUGCAUUUAUGCAACGAGAGGAUUGCUGCAUGAAUACUUGUUAUGUAGCAACCCUCUGGACCCUGACAUAAAGGGCGGAUUUGGGAACACUGAAUAUAAAACAGAGCACACAGACGGAGAAACCCAAGCUUACAUGACGCCGGCUCGUUUGUCAUGUAGCGGCAGUGCCCCCUGUCUUCAAUCUGCUCGUGCUGCAGCGCAUGUAAUGAACCCUCCUGCCUCUGACUGAGGUGAAGUCGGAGAGCCCAGAGGGACAGACUGUUAAUCUCCUACCCCACAAACUGAGCAUUUUCUCCUGUGACGCAGCACGGUCAGUCUUAUUAGCACCAGUUCUUCGUCUCCUUGUCGAGACUGCUGUAGUCUGUAAUGUGAAUGAAGCCCUUCCAGGUGGUGACACUUGUUUUAUUUAACGCUGUUGUUUGUCGCGUCCUUCUCUCUCUGUCGACGAGUCUGUUUAGAAGCUGUGGUGCCUUCUUUUGGUAUGUGGGGGUUUGAUGUAGUGGG